ACUAACUAUUGAUUACGAAUGGACUAUGCGCCAAUGGUUUAAAAUUUUAAUCUUGUUUUUUUAAAAAAUAUAAAAAUACAUAACGCUACUGAAUAAUUAAUUACUUGUGAUUACUAAUCCUCCGUUUAAAUAAAUAUUCCUUUAUUUUAAAUGUAAUAAUCAGUGAUUUUACCAUAACAAUUUAAUUAAAAAAUCCUAGAAAGGGAAAAUUGUUUCGUUCAUCACUUGUAAUGGGUACAGUACAUGGGGCUACAUAGAUUCGUAUAUAUUGAUUCGUUCGUUAUUACAAUCAUAGAAUUUUAAAACAUAGAUAUGAUAUUGUAAUGUAACGUAAUUUAUUAAAGGAAAAGUGCAUCGAAAAUAUUUCUUUGUUAGCUAAUUAUAGUCGAUGGUAGUGCAAUUUAAGUGUUUGGUGUGUGUUCACGUAACCUCUUAGAUAAAAAUUUUAGAUAAAAAAAGUAAUGGCAUUUUAAUUAGAGAUUUUAUAACAAAAACAAUAAGCAUCGAAGUACAUAACUGAAAGUAAUUAAUUUAUAUAUAUAUAUAUAUUUAUUUAUUUAUUCAUACAAUAUAUUUUACUAUUAUAAGUAUUAUUGUAUUUCACCAUGAUUUAAAAUAAUCAAGUCAUCAUAACUUACUAUUCUCCAAUCCAAAAAUGGACCAGGCAGCUCACAUGAAUAGCAUAAGCAAAGCAUGCAAUGAAUUUAAGAAGCAAUACGAUUCCUGCUUUCAUGUGUGGUUUUCUGAGAAAUUCCUGGAAGGUGACAAAAAUGACUCUACAUGUGCUGAAUUACUGGAAGUCUAUCAACAAUGUCUUAAGGAAGCUAUGAAGGAACAAAACAUUGAAUUGAAAGAAAUUGAAGAAAAUCAUUUAGGAACUGAAAAAGAAAAAAGACAGCCAAGUUGACAAUAGGACAAUUGUAAAUCUAUAUAUUAAUUUUCAAAUAAAUUAACUCUUACAACAAUGAAAUAAUGAUAGACAUAUUCUAUGAAACUCCAUAUAAUUUAUACUAUUUUUAAUUAUGCAAAUUAAUAUAUUAAAUCUUUCACAGUUUAAAUAUUACACAUAGAAACAUACUAUUAAAUAUAUACAGAAUAUUUUUAUGGUUUCUUUUCUUAUUCUGCAUUUUGUAGAAUAAUAUUAAAUAAAAUGUCAUUACAUAAUAAUUAAUGUACUUAUGUAAAAUUGUAAUAUUCUUGUUUUAAUAGAUUAUAUGUGUAUUGGAUUUA